AUGGCCAGACUCAACGAACAUCCUGCACCGACCGAGACCAAUCUCGAGAUACUGCGUAGGAAGUUUCUCCGCCAGAACCGAGAUAUUGCCAGGAUCAAUUCAGACCAGUCGCAAAAGAUCCGACGCCUCGAGAACGAUUGCGCCCGCUUGUUGUCUGAGAACCUCGACCUUCGCGGGCAAAUACUCCGAUUGGAGAAGCAGAUCGAAGAUAACAGCGCACGAAGGAUAGCAGAUCAUGCCCUGGAGGUUAAGGCGAAGCUGGAGGAACAGCUCUCCGAGUUCGCGGCAUUGCUCGGGAGCUUGGGCGUGGAGCCGCCGACAAAGAGACGCGCCUCGGGAGAGUGGAUAAUGGCAAAGUCACGGCAGAGCAUGGCUAAAGGUCCUCCGCAAAGGAAGCGGGGGGUCACAGCGGCGGAUGCAGAAGCGUUGGCAGAGCAGGAGGGCAGGCUGCCUCCGAUAUACGAAAACAAAACGUACCCACGAGCCACGAUGAACAGCGAGGAGAUUAUGGCCCUGUGCGCUGCCGCUGCCGACACCAGCGACUCGCCCGAUCUGGGACCGCCACCUGUCUCACGCUACAUCGACGAAGACGCAGUCAGAGAUGAUUCACCCGCAGCGACGGUCAUUCCUGAAAGCCCGAAGCGCAGCCCAACGAUUUUGUCGCCUCCGAAGCUGGACUACGACAGGAAAGUGUCCCAGAGUCCAGAACCAAUGAAGGUAUCGGAGGAGACAGUUGUCAAGGAGUCCACGCCGAGCAAAACACUAUUAUCUCCAAGGCUGCCAGUCCUAGAACCUCCAACGCAACCAAUAAGGGCGGGCUCGAAGAGGAAGUACGGCGACGAGAACGGGGCUAUUCACACUGCCGUAGUACAACCUGGCAAGGAGAAUGCCAUGGUCACCGAGAAGCCGUUCACUGCUCGUGGUGGCCCGAGGAGGAGUAUCAAGGAGUUGCCUAGUAAUAGGCGAGAGAGAGGAAGCGGAAGGGCGCCGCUUGCUGCGAAGAGCACUAACGAGGACAUGUCAUCCCCACGGAAACAGACGACAGCAGUGCCGCUGAAAGAGGCGAAAGAACAAGCGCAAGGUACAGAGCAUUCCACGAAGGGCCGGGUCAGCGCGCAGAAAUCACUACCGAAGAUGGAGGUCUUCGCACCGGCACCUGAACCCGAACCCCCAGCAACUGUUGCGGUUAUGCUCGAGUCCGUGACUGCUCUGCCGUCAGGGAUGCCCAGUUCCCCCUCUACCCCGGAACGUGCGUCACGGAAGGAGAUGCCGCAUGAUACUCCUCCACCAGCCGACAUAUCCUCUAACGGUGAGACGUCACGCCCUAGCCGUCGCGCGAGACCGGCGAUAAGCUACGCCGAGCCAAACCUCCGGGACAAGAUGCGGCGGCCGACCAAGGAGCUAUUCGAUGCCGUCACUGGGGAGGGCAAGUUUGUUCACCGGGCGAUAGUCAACCCCAAGUCGGAUGAUAACCACUCAGCCCCAACCUCAUCCAGCAAAGUUCAAUCACAGUCAAAGAGCUCCACCAGCAGCAGCAACAAGAGCUUCUCCGCUGGCGGCCCAAUCCCCAAAGCUCAACAACAUUCCCUUUUGAGUCCGUUGGCGCAAAAGGACGUCUUCCCGGAGACCCUUCCCAGUACGGUGGUUACGGAGAGGCGGAAACGGCCGUCAGGUGCGGGUGGCAACAUUCGAGAGUCUAGUGCUGUCGGAGAGAGGCCAGAGGGCAUAAGCACAUUGCCGAGUCCCACUAUCAUGGCACAAUCCCAAACAACCGCGCAGAGUGGCAGCGGGAAACAGAAGGGUAUCACCACUCUUUCUGACACGGAUGCGAUCGUUGAUAAUGGCAAUCAAGUGCAGACUGUCUCUGCAGAGCCGGAAGUCGACAUCUACGACUUUGCAGCAUCCUCCCCAGCCUCGACGACCAAAGAAACGCCAGAGACUAACAACGAAGCCGCCAAACCGGUGGCACCGCAUAGCAGCUCCAGAUCUAGAACGACAAGGAAAUCCUCGAUGGCUGCAGCGGCCGCCCUGCGUGAGCUGCUAGAUGGGGAGGAAGAGGAGGCGAAACUCGCGCGAACGGCUCCGAAGUCUCGGUCUUCGCACGCAAGGAAAAGGGUAUCAAUGCUAGCACCGAAGAAAAGCUCAAUGAUGGACAGCCUAGAGGACGCCGUUGAGGAGGUUGCGAACACCAGCGGUUCUAGCACCGGUUCCCAGGAAACGGAAGCAGAAGCGACAAGGGACAGGAUUUCGCGGCGCAGGAGCAUGAUGCUAUGA